AUGUUCCCAAUGCAGAAGGGUUCUUUAAACCUUCUGAGGAAGAAAUGGGAAUCCAAUGAUUACCAGAAAAGUGAGUGCUGUCCUGGAGGCAGUCGUUGUAGACUCUUCCAGCCUCAAGAAAGCAAAUCGCCUGAAACUGCAGCGGAGGUAAUGCUAGCCGCAGCACCGGCAGAUUGUCCUAGUCUCAACGACAGAGCCAGAGAGGAGCUGCUGACCUCAGAGCCAGAAGAGCACGGUCAUAAGGACAAGAGAGACAACUCCCGAGAACAUGGCCAGCCCCAAGUGCUGAAAGAGGAUUCUGUGAGAGGUCGGCGCAGAAUUGAACGCUUCUCUAUUGCUCUUGAUGAACUGAGGAGUGUGUUUGAGACUCCUAGGAGUGGAAAAAGGCCUUCAGGACAAGAGGAAGGGGGCAAAGAAGUAGAAAUUGUGAGAAGUUUAUGUUCACCAACAUUUCUGAGUCAUCCUGGGAGCCAGUUCAGUGAUUCUGUGAAAGAUUCAGAAAAGAAAAAUGAGGAAACAUCUUUUGACAAGAUGUCACCUGGAAGUGACAGCCACAUCACCGAAGUGACUCUUGGCCCUAACCCACCUGUACGUGGAUUUUCGGAAGACAGUGCUACACAGAGCAAAAAUCUGUCAGAUCUUCAGGAAGUUUUGUCCUUAAAGGAGAGGAUGGCUAGAUACCAAGCAGCUGUGUCAAGGGGUGAUUGCCGCAGCUUCUCUGCCAAUAUGAUGGAAGAGUCAGAAAUGUGCACAGUACCUGGUGGAUUGGCUAGAGUGAAGAAACAAUUUGAGAAGGACCAAAUGGCUUCUUCCUGUAAUAACUUCUCUCAGUACCAAUACCAGCACCAGAACAAAUCUGAACAGGCAGUAAUCUGUAACAGCCAGGUCAAUAUUUCAAGAAGCAGCCAGGAAAUGGAAAGAAAUAAAGAAGCUUCCAAAGCACGUAAAAUUGAUGUUCUUGGGACAGAAAAGGUCUCUAGUCUUGAAAAGCACUCUGAGGAAAUAAACCAAGCCUCUCAGUUUCAUCAAUAUGUUCAAGAAACAGUCAUUGAUACACCUGAGGAUGAAGAGAUUCCAAAGAUUUCAACUAAGCUUUUAAAAGAACAAUUUGAGAAGUCUUCUCAGGAAAACAUACUUUAUUCUGACAAAGAGCUGACAGCCCCAACCAAACAGAUUAAGAUUGAAAGUGAAUAUGAAGAUACUUUAAAGCCAUCAUCAGUGGUGGGUACCUCUUCCACUUCUUGUACUUCAACAAGCCAGAGGAAGGAAGUAUCAACCACAAGAUAUAGUGACCACAGUGCUUCUUCCUCACUUCUGGCACAAAUUAAGGCUACCUCCUUAGGAAACACAGAAGAAUUUCCUCCUCCACCACCUGAUAUAUCUCAAAAUUCAAUAGAUGUGACAGAUUUUUCCCAGUCCCCUGAAUUUCCUAAUUCUCCUAGAAUGCCACCAGUCCCCAAAGAAUUAUAUUCCAAGCAAAGAAAUUUGUACGAGUUAAACCGUUUAUACAAACACAUCCAUCCUGAGUUAAGAAAAAACCUAGAAAAAGAUUAUAUCAAUGAGGUUUCUGAUAUUGUUUCUAGUCAAGUGAACUCAGGGAACUCAUUUUCAGCUGAUGUGCAGCAAGCUCGGUAUGUUUUUGAAAAUACAAUUGACAGUUCUCAAAAAAAUUUCAACUCAGAAAGAGAACAAAUAGAGUGGGAUGAAAUUUUGAAGGGGGAGGUACAGUCUAUGAGAUGGAUCUUUGAAAAUCAGCCAUUAGAUUCUAUCAAUAGUGAUGCACAGGAUGAAGAUAACAUCUCUAAGAGCAUCACUGAUCAAGAAAUCAUUGCGGGUGGUGAUGUGAAAUAUACCACAUGGAUGUUUGAAACUCAACCUAUAGAUGCACUGGGUUUUCAUUCUUAUGGCACUAAAGAAAAUGCUGAAAAAAUUCCUGAGAUGGCCAGAGGAGAUGUUCGCACAGCACGGUGGAUGUUUGAGACAAAGCCACUGGACUCUAUGAAUAAAAUGCAUCAGAGUCAAGAAGAACCAGAAGUAACUGCAAUGAAGGACAUAACUGGGGGAGAUGUCAAGACAGUCAGAUAUAUGUUUGAAACUCAACAGCUGGAUCAAAUUGGACAGCUUCAUUCAGUGGAUGAAGCUUACCUACUGCAACUCAAAUCUGAGCUCAAAGAAAUUAAAGGAAAUGUUAAGAGAAGUAUAAAAUGUUUUGAAACUCAACCAUUAUAUGUUAUUAGAGAUGGACUGGGUCAAAUGCUAGAAAUUAAAACUGUUCACAGAGAAGAUAUUGAAAGAGGAGAUGUGAGAACAGCACGGUGGAUGUUUGAAACACAGCCCCUGGAUACAAUUAAUAAGGAUAUCACAGAAAUUAAAGUUGUCCGAGGAAUAUCCAUAGAAGAAAACAUCAAAGGUGGGGUGAGUAGAGCAAAGUGGUUAUUUGAAACCCAGCCUUUGGAGAAAAUAAAAGAAGAUUCGGAAGAGGCCAUCACUGAAAAGGAAGCAAUAAUAGGUGCAGAUGUCUCCAGAAAGUGUUGGAUGUUUGAAACAAAGCCACUAGACAUUCUAAAAGACACUUCUGCUGCAGCACCUGUGCAAUCUGAGGAGAUAAUAGGGGGUGAUGUACAAGCUACUAAGCAUCUAUUUGAAACAUUUCCAAUUGAGGUCUUAAAAGAUAGCCCUGAUGUAGGAAAGCUUGAAAAAAUCACUGCCUCUGAAGAAGAAAAGGGGGAUGUUAGGCAUCAAAAAUGGAUUUUUGAAACUCAGCCUCUAGAAGAUAUUAGACAAGAUAAAAAAGAAUGCAUACGUACAGUAAAACUUGAGGCAAUUGACAAAGGUGAUGUCAGAAAUUACACACAUAUCUUUGAAUCUAAUAAUUUAAUUAAAUAUGAUGCAUCACAUAAGAUUGAGGUAGAAGGAGUCACAAGAGGUGCUGUUGAGUUAAACAAAUCACUCUUUGAAACCAGACCGCUCUAUGCCAUUCAAGAUCACCAUGGGAAAUAUCAUGAAGUAAAGACGGUCAAGCAUGAGGAAAUCUUAAGAGGUGAUGUUAAAAGCUGCAGGUGGCUUUUUGAAACAACACCCAUUGACCAGUUUGAUGAGAGUCUUCAUAAAUUCCAAAUUAUUCGUGGAAUAUCUGCUCAAGAAAUACAGACCGGAAAUGUGAAAUCUGCUAAAUGGCUUUUUGAAACCCAGCCUCUCGAUUCAAUAAAACAUACUACUAAUGUGGAAGAAGUAGAAAGUAAAUCCAAACAAACUACAGAUAUUGUGAAAGGAGAUGUUAAAACCUGUAGAUGGCUUUUUGAAACCCAGCCCAUGGAGUCUCUUUAUGAAAAAGUCUCUUUAAUGCCUGACAAUGAAGAAAUCCAUAAGGGAGAUGUCAAAACAUGUACUUGGCUCUUUGAAACUCAGUCACUUGACACCAUAAAAGAUGACUCUGAAGCAAUAGUCAAAUUGCAAACUGUAAAACAAGAGGAGAUACAAGGUGGAGAUGUUCAUACAGCAUGCCAUGUUUUUGAGACAGAAAACUUGGACAGAAUACAAGGAGACGAAGGAAAGGAAACGAAGACCGUGGAAAUUGAUAUCCAAGCUGGGGAUGUUUCCAGCAUGAGGCACAAAUUUGAAAAUCAGCCCUUAGAUGCCAUAAGUUCCAGAUCAGAGGAAGUUUGGGAAAAGAUCAAAACCUUAAAGACUGAUGAUAUACAGAAAGGAAAUGUUUUAAAUUGUAGGUGGCUUUUUGAAAACCAACCUAUUGACAGGAUAAAAGAAAACCAAGGAAAGGAUGAAUUAGUGAAGACAGUGACAGACAUCCAAGGUGGGGAUGUAAGAAAAAGGUGCUUUAUUUUUGAGACAUUUUCUUUAGAUGAAAUUAAAGAAGAAAGUGACCAUAUCAGCACCAAGAAAACACUCACUGAAGAAGCAAUAAAAGGUGAUGUAAAAAGCUACAGAAUGCUCUUUGAAACUCAACCACUUUAUGCGAUUCAGGACCGAGAAGGAUUUUAUCAUGAAGUGACAACAGUUAAAAAGGAAGAGGUAAUUCACGGAGAUGUACGAGGGACAAGGUGGCUUUUUGAAACAAAACCACUAGAUUCAAUUAAUGAAUCAGAGAGUGUGUAUGUUAUUAAAUCUGUCACACAAGAAGACAUUCAGAAGGGCGAUGUUAGUGCUGUCAGAUACAGAUUUGAAACCCAACCACUGGAUCAGAUUUCAGAAGAAUCGCACACUAUUAUGCCCACUGUAGACUAUAUUCAAGGUGGGAAUGUGAAGACAAGUAAACAAUUCUUUGAGUCUGAAAACUGUCAUAAGAAUAAAUAUAUAAGAACAGUAAGUGUUAAUGAAAUACAAAAGGGCAAUGUUAAAAUAUCUACGUGGCUAUUUGAAACCCACACUCUAGAUGAACUGAAAGGAGAAGGGGCAGAAAAUGGAAAUAUCAAAAUGGUCACCCAGGAAAAUAUGCAUAAAGGUGAUGUUAAGCAAGCAAUCUGGCUUUUUGAGACUCAAUCUUUAGAUUCUAUUAAGGAAGCAGAUGAAAACAUCACAGAUAUUACCAAGGAGAAACUUCCUUCUUCUGAUGUCAAGACAACUACAUGGCUUUUUGAAACAACACCACUUCACAAAUUUCAUGAAAAUAGAGUAGAAAAGGUGGAAAUUAUUGGCAAAAGCAUUAAAGAAACCUUGAAAGAACUCUAUUCUCAGAAGUUUAUUGAGGCUCCUGGAAUCAUCAUUGAAGCUGAUGAAAUUGGGGAUGUUCGGAUGGCAAAAUACAAGCUCAUGAAUCAAGCAGCCCCUGAGAUACAGAAAGAAGAAAUGAUCAGAGUUGAUCUUAGAAAUAUAAUAAUGCACCUUCUUUCCAACAGAGACUGCACAAAAAGAGAGAUCUUGGUUAGUGAAGAGGAAAAGGGAAAUGUUAAUUUGACCAAAACUCAGUUGUUGAACAGAUCAACAGAAUAUCAUGCUGAAAAGGAAGAGAUAGUGAGGGGUGAUGUACAGCAAGCAAUAAAAAAUCUGUUCUCUGCAGAAAGAUCUGUGAAGAAAGGCAUUUUAAUUCAGGAAGAUGAACGAGGAGAUAUUAAAAUGACUCUCUAUUGUCUUCUGCAUGAAAAUUCUGGAGACACAAUUGAGCGUGAAAAAGUAAAAGGGGGCGAUGUUAGAGGAACCAUUCACAAUUUGCUAUCUUUCACAUCGAACAAUGCAAUUUCUGAAAGGGCGAAAAUUGAUGCCUCAGAGAGGGGAAAUGUUCGUUUUUUCACAACAUGCAUAGAAACUGGAGCUUUAGAAUAUCUCAAACAACUCCAGACAGGGUCAAAUGAAACACUAACAGCUAGGGAGCAAGAAAAAGAAGAAAUAAUUGGUGGUGAUGUACAGGGCACAAAACUGUUACUAAAGAAAAGGCAGCCUCAGGUUGAACGUACAGUUAAUGAAACUGACAUCAUCCCAGGAGAUGUGCAUAAUACAGUUAAGGUUUUUAUGACAAAACCUCAAAGUACAUCUUAUAACACACCCAAAGAAAAAAUUGCAAAAGGUGAUUUAAAAUUAACCUUAAAUUCCCUCAACCAGGCUGUAAAUCAGAAAAAUAUGGCUAAAACUCAAGAAAUUAUCAAAGGUGACACACUGGACAUACUCAAAUCACUUGAUGAAUCAGGUAAGCAAUGUAAAGAAUCUAAGCAGCCCCAAGCCAUCCCUGUGGAUAUUGAGCAAGCUAUUGAAUGCCUUGAAAAGACAGCAAAGACAAGGGCAGAAAUCCUGAAGAAGGAGCUUCUCCUAAAAGACCUUGAAACAUCACUAAGGAAUCUGAAAGAGGCAGAAAGAGCGUUCAGAGAGGUAGAUAAGCAAAGUGGAAUCAUAGAAAAUGCGCAAGCCGGAUACUCAGGAGAGCAGAAGCCAGAGCGUCUUCCAGUGGAUCUCCAAGGAUACAAACAAAGUAUUCUUCAGCCGAGGCCAGGACCAUUUGAGCCAGCAACCAAGUGGUGGCAAGGGAAAACAGACGCUCUUGAUCAAAAUACAGGAAAAUGUUGCCAUGAGAAUUUAAUAGGAGGAAGAACUGGGGUUAAUCUUCCCAAAGCCCCCAAGGGCACCGUAAAGAUUGUCAUAGACCGUGAACAAAACAAUGAUGCUCUUGAGAAAAGUCUUAGAAGACUAUCUAAUUCAACCACCCAUCACGAAGCUAUAAAAAAUAUGUUGGAAUCAGAGGACAGAUCAGGUUUCUGGACUGAGACCACAAGAGGGCAGCAUCUUAGAAAUGAGCACAUGAGCAGACAAUUGGCUUCAACUCUUUCAAAUAAGGAAAUUCUGAAAACCAAGGAAUCAGAGACAGCUAGAAAGCAAAUGGACAGCAUCUUUGACUCUAGCCUAGCAAGUAAAAAAUCAGUAGGAACCCAACAAACACAAACCUGCCAACUGAGAAAUGAGUACCAAAAGACUGAGCCGUUCCCUAUGAAGAAUUCUAAUAUCAAAAAUAUUAAAAUACCAACAGAUACACAGGGCUUCCAGUCCUAUCCUACCCAGGUUGCAGCCAACAAGUUAGUUGAGGAAGCUUGUGAAGUUACAGGGGACUUUCAUAAGCAAACUUUGGUAAGGCAAGAAAUGCAAUAUUCAAAUAAAAAUGUGAAAAGAAACAAUGUAAACCUUCAACCAGUGUUGCAGAAUUUCCCAGCAGAUCAAGACAUAUCAAAUGUAACAGAAACAAAAGUCUCCCAAAAAGGCCAUGAUAAAUUGAAGACAACUGACAUAAAGCAAAAGACAGAUGUUCAUCUCAGUAGCCAGGACUUUUUAAUGAUGACAAAUACUUCUAGAGACUUAAAAACGGCAAUGGAAAUGUCCUUGAAUUCAAUCAGCCUUAACCCUGAAAGUAAUGUAAAGGAAAGUGAGUGCCCGCUUCCACCUCCAUCUCCACCUCCUCCUCCACCUUCAAAUGCAUCAUCUGAAAUUGAAUUUCCUCUUCCUCCUCCACCGCCUUUAAUGAUGUUGCCUGAAAAAAAUACGUUUCCUCCUUCACUCUCCACAGAAAAAAUAAAGACUGAGUUUGAAAGUUUCCCAGGACUCCUUCUUCCCCCACCAGCAGAGGAUCAGAAGUCAGAAAGAGAAUGUGUAUCCAUGUAUCAACCACCCUUCCCUCCUCCAACUCAGUCUCUGAAACCGGCAGAUCUGUCCUCCUCUGUUCUAGAAAAGCACAGUGAAACAGUCAGACAGUGUUUUCAAGAAGGUACUUUAAGCUCUCGGCAAACUCUUUCUCAUUCUAAAACCCUAACGGAAAAAUCACAGAAGCGUGUACCACCACCCACAUUGCCCAAACCCAAAUUUUUUAAGUUACCAGAAGCUAAUCCGAAAAAUGAUAGCUCCUUAAAAAUGGAAUUAAAAACUUCAUUGCCAGAUGUGGAAGGUGAGAUUCCUCCUUCAAGGGACCAGAAAGGAGGAAAAAUGGUGAUAGCCAGUGAAUACCCAGAGAUGAAGCAUAGCUCAGCUAGAAAAAUGCUAAAUGAAAGACAAUUAUCUAUGCCCUCAGCAACAUCUCUUCUACAGAGAGCUCCAGAAAUUUCACCACUCGAUGGCAAACAGGUAGCACCUCUUGUAAAAUCACAUUCAUUUUCAGCAGUUUUAGGUCAACAAAGUCCAAAACCUUACAUGAGAAAAUUUAAGACACCUUUGAUGAUUGCUGAAGAAAAAUACAGACAACAAAAAGAAGAGCUUGAAAAACAAAAACAGGGUAGCUCUUGUUACAGCAUAGGUAAAACAGAAAACCCAAAUCAAAAUAAAUCAGACUUGGAAAAGCAAGUGCCGUUACAGAACACAGAUGAGGUUGCCCAACCUAGAAUGGACUCAGUGGUCCCUGAGGAUCAGCCUAACCUAGAACGUCAAAAAAAUGCUCACUUAGUAGAAAUAUGUAAUGACAACGAGGUCUCUACCACACUAGAAAUGACAAUUGCUGCCAAGAAGCUCCCCCAUGUACUUACAGACUCUGAGAACAAAGAUACUAUGAAAAAAGACGUUUCACAGAGUGAACAGGACAUUAAACAGUAUACAACAGCUUGUGAAAUUAAACAGAAUCACCAAGAAUAUAGCACACAACAAACACAGCAGAAGAAGGGCCUGGAUCAGUUGAACUUGCUCCAAAUCAAGCCAGUUUUCCCAAAUUUCAAAGUUAAAACCAUCAAGCUUCCAAGCCUAGAUCUCAAAUUAAAUGAAAUGGUGCGAAGCUUUGAAAGCCAUAAAAAGCAAUCUGAACUUGAUGUUCAGGCCAAAGAACAGUACCAGCAAAAUAAGAAAACGGAGGUCAGCACUGAAUGUCGUAAUAAACAACCUGUGGAUAAAAAAUAUUGUGACUUACCGAAGAAGGAGAAAAGAGUGACAAUAACACUACCUAUGGAUUCUACAAAGAAAGGCCACGAAAGUAAGUUCAGCAUAGAUCAUGAACUGCAAAAAGAAGUUAGAGAAUCUGAGGGGGAGAAACGUUCAGGAAGUGAAGGGAUAGUUCAGGGAACACCAAUGAUUGAUCCCAGAGAAGAGAGACUAAUGGUUGAAAGAAAACAGGAACAUUUGAAUGAAAUUGUACAGAAAGAAGUCAAACACGAGGCUGCUGAUACACAUCUUGAUUCACAGGCUCAGGAUUUUCGGCAAACACAAAUACAGACCUCCAAAACUCAAGCUGAACAUAAAAAAUUGCCCCAGCCAUAUAAUAAUCUGCAGGAAGAAAAAUGUCUUAGAGUCAAGGGUGUACAACAGAAACAAGUCUUUUCUAAUACUAGAGAGUCAAAGCAAGAGAUUACACAGAACAAAUCUUUGUUUUCCUCUGUGAAAGAAUCUCAGCAGGAUGACGGAAAAUGUGCUGUAAAUAUAUUGGAAUUCAUGAGAAAACGUGAAGAACUACAACACAUUUUGUCUAGGGUAAAGCAAUUUGAAGCAGAGCCAAAUAAAGAUGGUCUUAAAACUUUUCAGACACUUUUAAAUAUUAUUCCAGCAUGGCUAUUAAGUGAAGAAAAGAAAGAACAUGGGCUUCACAUUGCUAUGGAGAAAAAUGCAGAAAAAAUUAAAGAAGAAAUAACAUAUAUUAAAACACAAGCAGAGGCUAUGCUUCUGUCCUGUGAAAAUACAAUUCAAACAGCUAUGAAAUCCUCCAAAGUAGGAAAACAGAAAAAUAAAACUAGUAAUAUAAAUGAAACAUUAUCUAAAAUCGCUAAUGUUGAUGGCAGCUCUAAUAACAACACUAAAAAGAAGGAAAAUACAACCAUUGAAAAAACAGAGCACCACCAGCAAGCAAUUCAUCAUGAAGCAACUGCUCAAAAUCUUGUGAAAACCCAUCAGGAAAUUAAACUAGAAGAUAGGAAGAUUUCUCCUCCCACUUUAAAAACACGUCCACCAUCACCAACUUUUAUAACCAUUGAGUCUACAGCCCGGCGAACAGAAACCUCUAGUAAGGAUGGUAUUUCCCAGUCCCCUAAAAAAGAGAGUUUUGCUGACUCCCCACCAAGAAAACCCGUGACAGAAAUAUCUAAGAUUCACAGAGCAAAUACUUCCCCUUCUCCACCCAGGAGUCGCUCAGAGCAACUCAUAAAACUCAAAGACACCACUGCAAAGUUAUCCAGGGGUAGCAUUCCAAGUCCAUCAGCAACUCCAGUUCCAAUUGUGGAGACAAAGUCUGAGAUCAUCACAUCUCCUGCAACACUUCGUCGUCAAAUUAAGAUAGAAUCUCGUGGGAGGGACUCUCCACCUACAAUCACAAUACCUAUAAGUGUAAAUCAUGUUGAUAGCAGUUCCUUCCGAGAAUCCGUGGAAGCUCAAGAGAAAGUUCGGAAAGUGGAGAAGAGAGCGACGUACGUUCACAAGGAUGGAGUAAAUGUCACUAAUCAUACUGUGCCAGAUACUGAGAGUUUUGAUGCAGUCGAGAUCAUCCGCAAAGUUGAAGGGCCUCACAUGUCAGAGCACACUGAGAGAUAUGAAACAACCAAUCGUGCUGCUCAACUGGCUGAAGAUCUUAUGAAUGAGCAUAAGAAUGAGAUAAAUAGAUGGUUCAAGGAAUUUAAGGAGGGCCCAAUUUUUGAAGCAGUCUCCAAUGAAAGAAUUUUUACAAAUGGAGAAGCAAACCAUAAUAUAAAAGAAGAAAGCCGUACAUUUUGUAAGGAGGAAUUUGGCUUAUCAUCUUUAGAAAAUACUAAUUUCACAGGCUUCCCUUAUGAUCAUGAUAGCGUGUCACAAGAAAAGAUUUCUGUCAUGCAACCCAUGGAACAGUCUGAAACAGCAUCUCUUAGGGAACAGUUCUCAAGUGUGGACGGAUUUGACAGUCAAGUUGUUGGGUCAAAGAUAACAGUCUCUUCGCAUAGCUCAGAAGCUAGCAAACCUAGCUUUGACUUUAAGCAUGCCCCACCAACCUAUGAAGAUGUUAUUGCUGGCCACAUUUUAGAUAUAUCUGAUUCACCUAAAGUACUCCGGAGAAACUUUCAAGAGACAUGGCAAGAGAGUGAAAGAGUUUUUAAAAACCAGGGAUAUGCAGCUUCAGAUGCUCUGGCAGCUGAGAUGAGAACCACCUUUCAAGAAGAAUCUGCAUUCAGACAUGAAACUGCUUCUCCAAGACAAGGAAACAUGUAUACUUUGUCAAAAGACAGUUUAUCCAAUGGAGUGUUUAGUCGCAGACAAGCAGAGUUUUCAUAAAUCCUGCUUCCGAUGUCGACAUUGCAGCAGUAAACUAAGUUUGGGAAAUUAUGCAUCACUUCAUGGACAAAUAUAUUGUAAACCUCACUUUAAACAACUUUUCAAAUCUAAAGGAAAUUAUGAUGAAGGAUUUGGACACAGGCAGCAUAAGGACCUGUGGACUUGU